AGUCUCUCUCUUAUCACUUCUACACAUUAGAAGCAUCUUGCACUGAAGGGGAAGUAACUGUAUCAAUAACAGAAUGUUCAGCAAAACCUCAGUCACUGUUCUCUCACUCAUCGUUCUGUGUCUUGUAUUUACAGACGCUCUCCCUCGCCUAACGAAACAGAGACGGUGCAAAUGCAUUCGCUUAAUGGACUCAUUGCCAGAAAACACGAAAGUCACCAACAUUAAAGUUUUCUUUAAGCAACCUUUUUGUUCAAACAUUGAAAUCAUUGUCAAUUUGGAAAAAGGGGGAAGAGCUUGCUUGAACCCCAAUGCUGCAGCAGGGCAGGCAAUUGUUGCUUCUAUGAGAAGAAAAGGAAAACAUUGAACAACCUCUCUACCAAACAAUGGAUCGUGUUGCUGUCUGAACAGGACUAUGAUGCACACAUUUAAAAUUCACCUCUGUAUCAUUAGGAAGCAAAGCUUUUUUAUCUGCUUUAAAUUUUCUUAACACAUUUAAUAAACUGCAAUGUCUGCAGUAAAAAGGCAGAGUAAUCUCUGUCAACAUCAUUUCAUAUGUGGAGCUGUAAUGAAGAUUAACCCAGUUUCUAGUCCCAUUUUUAAAACUUUAUCAUUUGAGGUUCCAUAAUUGAACCGAUACUAUUAUAAAAUAAAUAAGCUAUUUUUGAUUAUAAGAGCUGAAAAAUAUUUGUUACUAUUGUCAUUUAUUGUCAAUUUCAUAUUUAAAUGUUUUUUUCAUUUUGAUAUUUUCUUCAUUUAUAUUUCAUUGUCCAUGGCAACCAGUGAUGUUUUUAUAUGAGAUCAAUUUAUCUGCUAUUUAUGUAUGCAAAUAAAUAAUGCAAAGUCCAGAA